AUGAUUAUAUGCAGCUUCCAAGGACAUGUGCAGCAAGGCUUGGUUCUAGAACUAGGAGAAACUGUCCAGAUCUUGGAAAAAUGUGAAGGUUGGUACAGAGGAAUUUCAAUAAAGAAACCUGGCAUAAAGGGGAUCUUUCCUGCAAAUUACAUUCACUUGAAAAAGGCACUUGUCAGUAACAGAGGGCAAUAUGAAACAAUUGUUCUGCUUGAAGAUUCUGUUAUCACUGAAGUUACAGCAACUCUCCAAGAAUGGGCUAUCCUCUGGAAGCAGUUAUAUGUGAAACAUAAGGUAGACCUGUUCUACAAACUGCGCCAUGUGAUGAAUGAACUGAUUGAUCUUCGCAGACAAUUACUUUCCAGUCAUUUGACCCAGGAUCAAGUACGAGAAGUCAAGAGACAUCUCACUGUACGAUUGGACUGGGGAAAUGAACAUUUGGGCUUGGAUCUUGUCCCACGGAAGGACUUUGAAGUGGUGGAUUCUGAUCAGAUCAGUGUGUCUGAUCUGUACAAAAUGCAUUUAUCCAGUAGGCACAGCGUGCAACAGAGCAUAUCACAGGUAGAUACGAUGAGGCCACGCCAUGGAGAAGCAUGCCGUCUGCCAGUACCUCACCAUUUCUUUCUCAGUUUAAAGAGUUUCACGUACAAUACCAUUGGAGAAGAUGCAGAUGUAUUCUUUUUUUUAUAUGAUGUUCGAGAAGGGAAGCAGAUCAGUGAAAGAUUUCUGGUAAGGUUGAACAAGAAUGGGGGGGCCAAGAAUCCAGAGAAGAUUGACCGGAUGUGUACACUUUUCACAGACCUUGGCAGCAAAGAUAUGAAGAAAGAUUUGUACAUAGUUGCCCAUGUAAUCCGAAUAGGACGUAUGUUGCUAAAUGACUCAAGAAAGGGUCCAUCUCACCUCUGUUACCGGCGUCCGUAUGGCUGUGCUGUAUUGAGUAUCAUGGAUGUAAUUCCAUCGAUUUCUGAACUCAAAGAAGAAAAGGAUUUUGUUCUCAAAGUUUACACGUGCAACAAUGAGAAUGAAUGGUAUCAGAUCCAUGAAAAUAUCAUUCGCAAGUCGAGCACCAAAUAUACAGCACCCAGUUCAAAUUAUGGACUUAUAAUUUCUCUUCAGCUUCUCCGUGGAGAAAUGGAACAAAUUCGAAGAGAAUAUCCUAUUAUCUUUAACAGAGGGGUGGCUAUUACAAGAAAAAUAGGGUUCCCAGAUGUGAUCAUGCCUGGUGAUAUACGGAAUGAUUUGUACCUGAUUUUAGAGAAAGGAGACUUUGAGAGAGGUGGAAAAAGUGUUCAAAAGAACAUAGAAAUAACUAUGUAUGUUCUGUAUGCAGAUGGAGAGAUUCUAAAGGACUGCAUUAGCUUAGGCUCAGGAGAACCUAAUAGGAGUGUGUAUCAUUCCUUUGUUCUCUAUCAUAAUAAUAGCCCUCGCUGGGGAGAAGUCAUCAAACUCCCAAUUCCCAUUGAUAGAUUCCGUGGGUCUCACCUCCGUUUUGAAUUCAGACACUGUUCCACAAAAGAUAAAGGAGAAAAGAAGCUCUUUGGCUUUGCAUUUACACCAUUAAUGAGAGAUGAUGGCACUACCCUAUCUGAUGAUAUUCAUGAGCUUUAUGUUUAUAAGUGUGAUGAAAACAGCACAUUCAAUAACCAUGCACUCUACCUGGGUCUUCCAUGCUGCAAAGAAGACUAUAAUGGUUGUCCCAACAUCCCUUCAAGCUUAAUUUUCCAGCGCAGCACCAAAGAGUUUUUUUCAAUCUCUACUCAGUUGUCUUCUACCAAACUUACCCAGAAUGUGGAUCUGCUUGCACUCUUGAAAUGGAAAGCUUAUCCAGAUCGUGUAAUGGAUAUUUUAGGAAGACUGCGGCAAGUCAGUGGUGAAGAAAUUGUUAAGUUCUUGCAGGAUAUUCUGGAUACAUUGUUUGUGAUUUUGGAUGACAACACAGAAAAAUAUGGACUUCUGGUGUUUCAAUCUUUGGUGUUCAUCAUAAAUCUCCUGCGUGAUAGCAAAUAUUUUCAUUUUCGUCCUGUAAUGGACACUUAUAUUCAGAAGCACUUUGCAGGAGCACUGGCAUAUAAAGAACUCAUCCGCUGUUUGAAAUGGUAUAUGGACCGAUCAGCUGAACUUGUACGACAGGAUCAUAUUCAGGAAGCAAUGCGGGCAUUGGAAUAUCUUUUCAAGUUCAUUGUUCAGUCUCGGAUCCUUUACUCCAGAGCUACUUGUGGAAUGGAGGAGGAACAAUUCAGAAUCAGCAUCCAAGAACUUUUCCAGUCCAUCAGAUUUGUACUCAGCCUGGACAGCAGGAGCUCUGAGACUCUCAUCUUUACACAGGCCACUCAGCCUGAAGGACAGGUGAGCGGAGUUGGGACAUGUGCUCCACAAAAAUGUGGUGGCACUGCAAAGCCGUCAUUUAAGUCUGCUGCUCUAUUGAAUUCUUUCCCUGCAAUUUUUGAUGAGCUAUUGCAGAUGUUCACAGUACAGGAAGUAGCAGAGUUUGUGCGAGGAACUCUUGGGAGCAUGCCCAGUACAGUGCAUAUUGGACAAUCUAUGGAUGUGGUUAAAUUGCAAUCUAUAGCUCGUACGGUAGACAGUCGCUUAUUUUCUUUCUCAGAAUCCCGGCGAAUCUUAUUACCUGUGGUCCUUCAUCAUAUUCAUCUUCAUCUGAGACAACAAAAAGAGUUGCUUAUCUGCUCUGGAAUUCUUAGCAGUAUCUUCUCUAUCAUCAAAACUAGCUCCGUGGAGACAGAUGUAAUUGAGGAGGUAGAAAUGAUGGUGGAGAGCCUCCUGGAUGUACUUUUACAGACUCUGCUUACUAUUAUGAGUAAAUCACAGUCUCAGGAGGCGGUAAGAGGGCAGCGGUGUCCACAAUGCACAGCUGAAAUCACUGGAGAAUAUGUGUCCUGUCUUUUGUCUCUACUUCGUCAAAUGUCAGAUACUCAUUUUCAACAUUUACUGGACAAUUUCCAGAGUAAAGAUGAACUAAAGGAAUUUCUUCUAAAGAUAUUCUGUGUGUUUCGAAAUCUGAUGAAGAUGAGUGUCUUUCCUCGAGACUGGAUGGUGAUGAGACUACUCACCAGCAAUGUAAUAGUUACAACAGUUCAGUAUCUGUCUGCAGCACUACAUAAGAAUUUCACGGAAACAGAUUUUGAUUUUAAGGCCUGGAACUCUUAUUUCAGCUUGUCAGUUUUAUUUAUCAACCAACCCAGCCUGCAGCUAGAAACUUUUACUCCAGCUAAGCAGAAAAAGAUUCUGGACAAAUACGGUGAUAUGCGUGUGAUGAUGGCAUAUGAGCUUUUUAGCAUGUGGCAGAAUCUAGGGGAACAUAAGGUUCACUUUAUUCCUGGAAUGAUCGGUCCUUUUCUGGGUGUCACACUUGUCCCACAGCUGGAGGUCCGCAACAUUAUGAUCCCCAUUUUUCAUGACAUGAUGGAUUGGGAACAGCGAAAAAAUGGCAAUUUUAAACAGGUGGAGGCAGAAUUGAUUGAUAAGCUGGACAGUUUGGUAUCAGAAGGAAAAGGAGAUGAAAAUUACAGAGAACUCUUCAGUCUGCUAACCCAGCUGUUUGGGCCUUAUCCCAGCCUGCUAGAAAAGAUAGAACAAGAAACUUGGAGGGAGACGGGUGUUUCUUUUCUUACAUCAGUUACUCGUCUGAUGGAGCGUCUCCUUGACUACAGAGACUGUAUGAAAGGCGAUGAAACAGAGAACAAGAAAAUUGGUUGCACUGUUAACUUGAUGAAUUUUUAUAAAUCUGAAAUUAAUAAGGAAGAAAUGUAUAUCCGCUAUAUACACAAGUUAUGUGACAUGCAUCUGCAGGCUGAAAAUUACACAGAGGCUGCUUUUACACUGCUUUUGUAUUGUGAGCUACUACAAUGGGAGGACAGGCCUCUUCGGGAAUUCCUCCACUAUCCAUCUCAGACAGAGUGGCAACGUAAAGAAAAUCUUUGUCGGAAGAUUAUUCAUUAUUUUAAUAAAGGCAAGAGCUGGGAAUUUGGAAUCCCAUUGUGCAGAGAACUGGCUACUCAGUAUGAAACAUUAUAUGAUUAUCAAAGUCUCAGCUGGAUUCGGAAAAUGGAAGCUAACUAUUAUGAUAAUAUAAUGGAACAGCAAAGGCUGGAACCUGAAUUUUUCAGAGUUGGCUUUUAUGGAAGAAAAUUUCCUUUCUUUCUUCGUAAUAAAGAGUAUGUUUGUCGAGGCCAUGACUAUGAGAGAUUAGAGACCUUCCAACAAAGAAUGCUUAGUGAAUUUCCACAGGCCAUUGCAAUGCAACAUCCAAAUCACCCAGAUGAUAACAUAUUGCAGUGUGAUGCCCAGUACUUGCAAAUCUAUGCAGUGACUCCAAUUCCUGAUAAUAUUGAUGUCCUACAUAUGGAUCGUGUCCCUGAUCGCAUAAAGAGCUUUUAUCGAGUUAACAACAUCAGGAAAUUCCGCUAUGACAGGCCUUUCCACAAGGGCCCCAAAGACAAGGAAAAUGAAUUUAAGAGCUUGUGGAUUGAACGUACCACUCUAACCCUGACUCACAGUUUACCUGGGAUCUCUCGCUGGUUUGAAGUGGAAAGACGAGAACUGGUUGAAGUAAGCCCAUUGGAAAAUGCCAUUCAAGUUGUGGAGAACAAAAAUCAGGAGCUAAGGACACUGAUAAGCCAGUACCAACACAAACAAAUGCAUGGGAACAUCAAUCUUCUCAGUAUGUGUCUGAAUGGAGUUAUUGAUGCUGCUGUGAAUGGUGGCAUAGCACGGUAUCAGGAGGCCUUUUUUGAUAGGGAUUAUAUCUCCACUCAUCCUGGAGAUGCAGAAAAAAUCACACAGUUGAAAGAAUUGAUGCAUGAACAGGUACAUAUCCUAGGAAUAGGUCUGGCAGUGCAUGAGAAGUUUGUACAUCCUGAGAUGCGUCCACUCCAUAAGAAAUUAAUUGACCAAUUUCAGAUGAUGCGAUCUAGUUUGUACCAUGAGUUACCUGCUCUGGAAAAAUUGAGUCCAGCCUGCUCAGGAACAAGCACACCACGCAGCAAUGUGCUUGUAUCACACAGUCCAAUGAGUCCAGAGAGCAUCAAAGUAAUGCAUCGCCACAGCCCAUUGAAUAUGCUGGGUACAGUCCGACACUCGUCAUCUUCCCUUUCUUCUCGUGCGUCAAGUGAAACAGGAAAUCUGGUUAUAUUAACAGACAGUUCUGUUGGAGAAACUACAGAGGACAUGUACCACAUGCAGGCUAGUCCUUCCACCUCAAGCCUGAGCUCUACCCAUUCUGCACCAUCUCAAAUGAUCAACUCUGCACCUGCUAGUGCAAGAGUGCUGAAAGGUGCUGGAUUGACAACUCUGGAGGCUGAAGCCCUCUAUUUAUCCACAGAGCAGAUACAGCAUGGGCGGCAGCAGUGCAAGCUUUCCCACACUGCCCCCACCAAUGUGCCUCAUCUCUGUCCUGGAGGGACCACCUCUAGAGGCUCUCCCUCUCUACCAGAUAAGUACCGUCAUCAUCGAGAAUUAAUGAUGCUACUACCAGCACACCGGGAUCGGCCUAGCAGUGCUAUGUAUCCUGCUGCUAUCAUGGAAAAUGGACAGCAUCCAAAUUUCCAGAGAGCCUUGCUCCAGCAGGUGGUUGGACCAUGCAAACCCUGCAGUGAUCCUAAUCUAUCUGUUGCUGAAAAAGCUGUUUCAGCAGCACCAAGCAGCUGGAGUCUGGACAGCGGAACAAGAGAGGGCUUGCCAUUCCUGUCUGCUCAUGUUGGGAGCAUCCUGGUCCCACCAGUACCUCCCCGAAGCCUGACCCAUGGUCACUAUUCACUACACUUUGAUGCCUUCCACCAUCAUCUCAAUGAUGCUCCCCCAGCAUUGCCUGCACGGACACUGCGCAAGUCUCCUCUUCACCCGAUACCUGCAUCACCCACAAGUCCCCAGUCUGGCCUGGAUGGAAGCAAUUCCACCCUUUCUGGUAGCGCCAGCAGUGGAGUUUCCUCACUAAGUGAAAGUAAUUUUGGCCAUUCAUCUGAGCCCCCUCCUCGAACAGACACAAUGGAUUCUGUCCCUAGCCAGACCUGGAACACCGAGGAAGACUUAGAGACACCCUACCUCCCUGUCAGGUAUAGUCUCUCAGAGCCUGAUGUUUUAGAAACUCUCAAAUCCCAGCCAUGCCGAAGCCACUCCGCUCCAUCUGGAGUCAUUCCUCAGGACACUAUGGACCCUCCAGCUCUACCCCCUAAACCCUAUCAUUCCCGUCUUCCAAACAUGGAUAAUGAAGAGGGAAUGAUUUUGGAAGAGGACGAAAAAUACCGAGCAUUGCAUCGCAAAAUCUCCCAACCAACUACUGGUGCAAAAGAGGAGCAAGCAAGGGUAGCAUGGGAGCAUGGCAUCAGUGAGCAGUAGGCAAAGUUUUGAGGGAUAAGUUUGUAUGAUCAUUCCAGUUUUUAGAACCAGAACAGUGUGUGAAAAACUAGGGGAAAAGUAGAGUACUGCUGCUGUUGUCUACUGCUGUGAGAUUGACUGGAAUUACAGACUGGGCCAGCAUGUGAAAUUGCUGCUUUCCUUUUUAUUUAAUUUUAUACUUUCCAGAUUUUUAGUGGUUUGGGAUUUGUCCUUUUUCCCACAGUGGAGGCUACAUUCCUUCUACAGUUUCAGACAACAGGAAGAGUUGAAUGACGUAAGGGGAAGUGGCAUGGGAUUUUUACAAGCUUUCCUCUUGGUUUUGAGAUGUGCAGAAGUUGAAGCAGUUGCACUAGGAAUGUGUUUAUUUGCUGUAUUAAGUGGAUUUGGGAUUCCAUGAAAUGUCAAGUCAGAAGGUGCAGUUUAAAGCUUGAAGUACACCGAUAUCUGUUUUUGAAGAAACUGGAUCUUCCAGGCUUCAGGCAUAUGAAUUUUGUGAUCUCCCUGCACUGCCUCAGGAAUGCUGAAGCAAUCUAACCUGUAUUCGCUUGCUAUUGCCUAUUCUAAACAUUUCCUAGUCUGCUAGACUUUUCAUUUCCACUUUUUUCUCAUUAUCAUGAUGUAUGAAGCAACCUCUAGCCCAUUCUUGGCCAACUGUGCUUAAGUUUAAAGAGGCUUUUGGCCCUGGCAUUCUUUUAUUCUAAAAAAAUGGUGAUGCCAAAAGCCUCUUCGGGAUUGGGGGAGGAGUAACUAUGACUCAACAGCUAGGAAUCUGGUCUAGAAUAAAAUAAAAGGUCUGAGCGCAUACUUGAUCUUUGCCUCGAACGUCUUGU